GCCCUCGGGGGGGGGCACCGGGCUACUUUGGGGCUAUUCUGGGGUUGACUUUGGGCUAUAAAGAUGGUUGGCAAAGGCUGGAGAGAGGGAGGAGCAGCCGGAGGAGGCGGGGACGGGCUCAGUCUCGGUCCCGCCCGGGCGCCUGGCCACCCGCACUCGGGGGAAGCGUGAUGAGCGGGAAGGGCGGCCAAACAUACAACGGGGACUCGGGCUCGGGCUCGGGCCCCGCCGCUGACCGGAGCUCGGCUCCGGCUCCGGCUGCUUUGGGGAGAGCGAGGCCCCGUGACGUGGGCAACAAGGUGACGGUGGUGCUGGGAGCGCAGUGGGGAGACGAGGGCAAAGGCAAGGUGGUGGAUCUGCUGGCCCAGGACGCCGACAUGGUGUGCCGCUGCCAGGGAGGAAACAACGCUGGCCACACUGUUGUAGUGGAUUCUGUAGAGUAUGACUUUCACCUUCUACCCAGCGGUAUCAUCAACCCCAAGGUCAUUGCUUUUAUUGGUAAUGGUGUGGUUGUUCAUCUUCCCGGUCUCUUUGAAGAAGCUGAGAAAAACACAAAGAAGGGAAAAGGUCUCGAAGGCUGGGAGAAUAGGCUAAUCAUUUCAGAUAGAGCCCACAUUGUAUUUGAUUUCCACCAAGCUGCUGAUGGUGCUCAGGAGCAACAGAGACAACAACAAGCAGGAAAAAACUUGGGAACCACAAAGAAGGGAAUAGGCCCAGUGUAUUCUUCAAAAGCAGCCCGGAGUGGACUCCGGAUAUGUGACCUUCUGAAUGACUUUGGUGAUUUCUCCGAAAGGUUUAAAGUUCUGGCAAAUCAGCACAUGUCGAUGUAUCCUACACUGGAUAUUGAUAUAGAAGGGGAGCUUGAGCAGCUAAAGGGCUACGUGGAGAGAAUUAAACCCAUGGUAAGGGACGGAGUCUUUUUCAUGUACGAAGCCUUGCAUGGUCCACAAAAGAAGGUUCUGGUUGAAGGUGCAAAUGCAGCACUAUUGGAUAUUGACUUUGGUACUUAUCCUUUUGUGACGUCGUCAAACUGCACAGUGGGUGGUGUCUGCACGGGUUUGGGGAUCCCACCACAGAAUGUUGGAGAGGUGUAUGGAGUAGUGAAAGCCUACACAACUAGAGUAGGAAUUGGAGCGUUCCCCACUGAACAAAGUAAUGAAACGGGCGAGUUGCUGCAGUCCCGAGGAUGUGAAGUGGGUGUAACCACUGGCAGAAAGAGGAGGUGUGGCUGGUUGGAUCUUGUUUUGCUCAAAUAUGCCCACAUGAUCAAUGGAUUUACAGCUUUAGCACUUACCAAACUGGACAUCCUGGAUGUAUUCCAGGAACUUAAAAUAGGAAUAGCCUACAAGGUCGAUGGGAACGUUAUACCACAUUUUCCAGCUAACCAGGAGGUCUUAAACAAGGUAGAAGUUCAGUAUGUGUCUGUGCCUGGCUGGAGCACCAGCACAGCAAGUGCAAGGACGUUUGAAGAUCUGCCUGUAAAUGCACAGAACUAUGUCCGUUUUGUUGAGGAAUAUGUUGGCGUGCCUGUUAAAUGGAUUGGGAUUGGCAAGUCAAGAGAGUUGAUGAUCCAGCUAUUUUAACAUUGGCAUUACCAAGAAGAGAGUGCUGUCCCCAGAGUUAACUUCGCAGUCACAAAUCUGAUCCUUCAACGAUGGUCAACACAGAGCACAUGUCUGGUACUAGUUGAGAACUAGACAAGAUAGGUCUCGAAAUACCCAAAUUAGUAUUGUUUAUCAAGAGGAAUUAUAGGGAAAUGGCUGUCGUGGGAGGGAGGUGGGUGCUGGUACUAACUUGUUGCAAGUAAAAUCAUUCAGUUUUCAAAAAUGCAUAUGUUUAGUUUUACUCAACAGUAGCCUGUGUUCACAAAGCUGCUGUCUGUCACUAAAUGCUAAAAUGUGUUUCCUCUUAACAGAUUCAUGAGAUUAAUGCUUCUUUCUGCCCCUUGUUUGAUUUUUAAUUGUAAGUUGAAAUGAGUUUAAACAAAAUUCUAGUCCAUUCACUGAUUUUUUUUUCACAUACUUUGAUAUCCAAAUUGAUAUCUGCUUUCUCAGAGGAUUGACGAUUCAUUUCCCUGCCCUGUGAUGCAGAUGGUCCUUUGUACUUUUAGUCAUAGCAAGACCCCUGGGCUUUUCCUGAGGAAAUUUUUGCAACACUUAAUUAUGGUACAAAUGGCACAAAUUACAGUAAUCUGUGUGGCACCUCAAGACUGCGACAAUGCUCGGAGCAGUGGAUUACAGGAUUGAUCGGUGUGACCAAAGGGGUUGUGUUUGUCCCAAACAGGUUUGUUUGUUUCUUAUUUUGGACAAGUUUUUAAAAAAAUCCUUCCCAUAUUUUUUGUAUAAUUCAGUCACUUUCUUCUGCUGGUGACCACCAGCAGGGAGGAAUUACAAAGCAGCCAUCGCAGUAAAGGGUUCAGAUGAUGUAAACUGAAAUGGUAACCCCAAGUCGUAUAUGAAACCUGUGUGAACCCUGAACUGAAAUUACACCUGUUAACUCUUGUUAUUAUUAUGAUGAUGUCCUCUGGGACAUUAAUAGGAAUGGUGUUAUUGAGUGUAGGGCUUUAGUUUGCUCGGAGCAGGCAUUCUCCACGCGGUCAGUGUUGUGAUGACGUUCAUGUUGAAGGAUUAACAGCCGUGAUGUAACCAUUUGAUCAGCAGUUGAUAUUUAGAAGCCAAAUGUAAAGUCAUAUUUAUGCAUUCAGUUUGGGACUAUUUCAACAAAGUGUCACUGAUUAGUGUGAAAAUCAUUUCGCGACGUGAACCUAAGUGCCACAGUGACAUUUUAACUGUUAGUCAUCCUAUGAGAGUGAAGGAAAAGUGCAAGGUCAGUUAAUCUUUCUCCUUUCCACACAAAAGCUUUCCUUCAGCAGGUGAGGUUCAAGGUUGUUAGAAGAAAGCCUUUUAAGAUCCAUUAAGCCUUCAUGCUUCUUACCCGGCACUGUAACUGUAGUGUUUGCCCAUUUUUAUUCCCAUAACCUUGUGAAUGUUACAGCACAACUAUGAAGGGAGGGAGGGGGGUGGGUGUCUAAUUGAGUUCAGAGAGGAAAGUUAUUUUAUCACAGCAUUUUGUAGUGUAUUUUGAGAGAAAAUUAUUUUUUUGUAGCUGUCGCAUUUUUAAUGGAUUAGAUUGUGGAAGUGUCCAAUAUACAUGUAAGUAAGGUUGGAUAUUCUAUUAAUUCUUUCAAGGCCUACUUUUUUUAAAAAAUACAUGUUGCCUUUUUGAAUUGACUUUGUUCCAUAGUUAUUGUGUUUCCAAAUCUUCGCCAUUCUGCUCCCAAUUCAAGUUCUAAACCACAGCAGCUCAUUCACAUAUUUACAUCAAAUCCAUAGCAUUUUGCAAGUGACCAAAAUGAUCUUUUGUAUGUUUUGGUUUGGUUUCAUCUGAUUUGUGUGAAAGAUGAAUGCAGAUUUGCACAAGUUCUUUGCCCUAUUUUCUGUCGUUUUAGAGGUUACAGUAUGUUUUCCUAUGCUCAUGCCUACUCAGCAAUUGUUCUUUGUAAUAAUGUAAAGAACAUGUUAAUAACUUUUCACUGUACAUAUUUAACACAACGGUGGUGGGCAAGAUUUUUUCUCUGGGGUUGAUUACAAUAAAGAUUCAUGUGAAAACUGUUUGAAGGCUAAAGUAAACUUGUACAGGCUGUAAGUGUUUUACUUUGUAAAUUAUGCAACAGUUUCUUUUUAAAUCUAAGUACUGUAAUGAAAUUUUGGGUGGGCUGGUAAGAACUUCUCUACAGAAAAUAAAAUCCUAUAAUGUAA